AUGUCCAACAAUACGCGUUCAUAUCUAAGUUCAGUGAACUACUCGUGCAAAGAGGGCUAUGUAUUGGUUGGUCGCGGACUUCUCACAUGCGAUGUCGACGAGAGAUGGAAUGGACCGCCGCCCAGAUGUGAACCUGUCAUUUGUCCCAACCCUCCCGUUAUUGUCAAUUCUGUGGUCAGAAUUUCAGCCAACAAUACAAUCUUCGGAGCCGUCGCUGAAUAUACUUGCGAUGAAGGCUAUGAACUGAUGGGAGAGUCCCGUAUUGUCUGCAAUGUCGCCGGUUUUUGGGACGGAGAGCCCGGAUAUUGUAGAGGUAUACGCGAGACCGGCGUCUACGAGCUCUACUUCAACCACAACUCGUGGCACGACAUCCACUACAACCACAACCCGGAAAACAACGACAACAGCGCAGCCGUCGCGCACAACCCAGACCUGGCCUGUAGUCGAUCGAUCGCAGCCGCCGUCCAGAGGGCCGCAGCUGUCUUUGAU